GUUACCUAAAUACUUAGUAAGAAUGGAGUUUAAGCUAGAUGUUCUCAUCUCUACAUCUAUCAAGCAAAGGAAACCGUGGCCUCGCAUCUCAUGGAUUGGACAGAAAAAAGAGGCUGUUUUUCUUCUAGAUGAUAAACAUAUAAAUGAAAUUAACCUCACAUCAGGAAAGACAAGGAAGAAAAUCCCUCGGCUGCAAUCAUUGUUGAAAAAUGUAGUUGUUUUAACAACAUCAAGAAACGGUGCUUGGUUGGCAGGAAUACUUAAAACAGGAGAUCUAUUUCUUUGGAAUAAAGAUCAGGACUCCUUGAAAAUUGUGCCAGCAAUUGAAGAGUCUAGGAAAGUAGUUGCCGCAGCACAAGAGUGUUUAAUGAGAUUGUACUUGUAUGUGUCUGGAGAUGGCAGAAGGGCACUAUUAACUACUCCUACUGCAUGUGUCUUUUUGUGGGAGAGCACAGAAUGCGAAAAUACAUCUUAUAAAAAUUCUUCUGGCCGUUGGACGCAAAUUUUGCCUGAUGAGUCAGUCAUAUUGCCUUCUAGUGAAGAAAAAGAAAUUGGACUGCAUGCUGAUUUCAUACAAAAUGAGAUACUGAGUGAUUGCUGUUUGUGCUGUUUUGUGUUUUACUCUGGGGAAUUUUUGGUGCUCACAUUUUUGAUUCUUCGAUGGCAUGAAAACAGCUCUAAAUAUGUUAGUUCUUUGCCAUACCAGAUCCACUGGGUACAGCAGACUUGUUCCCUUGUUAAUUUGGUCCCUCAGUGUGUACCUGUGAAGUCAAGAGGAGCUUUGCUGUGUGCAUUUGCAAGAAAUGGGCUUCUACUUGCAGUAGCUGUUAAUCAAACUGAUCCAGAGGCAACUCAGGUUUUGUUUUUAAACACGUUGAGUUUCGUAACUGUUUCCGGUAACCUUAAAGGUUGUAGUAGCAAGCGUAGUAUGGUUCCAUCCAAGCUUAUCAGAUCUUACUGGGUUGGUGAUAUGAGUUGGACUCUCGAUAGCCUUUUCUUGGCUUGCAUGUUAAAACGUGGAUCUUUGAUUUUAUUGACAUGUAUGGGUGAAUUGCUGACACUGGUAACUUCUGGCUGCUCUGUAGAAUUCGGACCAGCAGAGUUUAUUCCAUUUCAUCCACUAAUAACAUGCAGACAGCAGCACUCUUCUUGUCAAGACUCCAGUCAGUCUCUUGGUUCUUCAGCUUCUGAGAGUGACAUUAUGAGACAGAGAUUUUCUGUUGCUUCACAUUCAAGAUUGCCCUACCUCAUUGUCUCUGAUGGAUACAUGAUAACAGUGCUUAGAUUUCCUAACAACCUUUCACCAUCAGGAUUUGUAAGAUCCCUUCUACUUGAUUCAGCCCAGAGACUUGAAAAUACUUACCAGAAUUUGCUGAACUCCAAGUCUAAAGGGAGAUCUCUGUGUUUACAAUCACUGUUGUCUUUAAAAGCUAGUCUUUUAAAGCAUGCUCAAAACCAAAGUUCCAUCUUGCCCACCAUUCCGAAAUUCCUGGAAAAGGACUCAGCAGAAAUCAGUGAGGAAACCAUGGAUUACCUGGUUUAUGAAGAAGAAUCAGAUGAUGAAAAGGAGUUUUGCACUAGCCCUUCCAGCUUUUAUAGCCAAAGAAUCUGUUCAUUUGUUGGUAAAGCUGAUAAAGGCCACUUAGAAUUUGCGUCAAUGUUUGAUACUAUCCAUGCAAAAGACAGUACUGAAGAGAGAGAUAAAUUAUCAGUGGAACUGUAUUCCAUUCAGAAAAACCUCCUUGUUGCAUGGCACAUAGGGAUUUCAAAAAAUAAGGAAGUGGAAGAUACAUUUCUGGAUUGCACAGUGAACUGCAUUAUCCAUUUUUUCAACAUUCUUCAAUUUGCAAAACCUCCUUUGCUAAACCAGGAUGCAUCUUCAAAUGAACCUGUGAAGAACAGUCACUGGAUGCAUUGUGUGCUAAAAUAUUUUCAGCAGUGUCUAACUGUCUCCUGCUGGCAUUCAAGAGCCAGUCUGACAAGGCAUGUGGCAAAGCUGACAUUACAAACUUUAAAACUGAUGCUUAUACAGCAACAAGAUCAGCUGUUUUCAAAAAAUCUUUUGGCGUGCUUCCGGCUUUUGAAAAUGGUUUCUCACACUCUAAGUAGCAUGUGUGUACUACAGUAUGAGCAUUUUUUUGCAACUCCCAAUGGUGAUAAUCUUGUAGAACUUGACUCGCUCACUGUGCCUGUUUUUCAAGCUCUUGAUGAGAGUACUACUCAGCAGUUUAGCUCACUGAAAUCUUUGCUCAGAGAGCCCCCUCAAGCAGUAAACCAUGAUGCAAAAACAGAAAAAAGGUUGGUUGUACUAUGGCAGUUAUUGUAUAAGAAAGUGGUUUGGUAUCAGAUGCAGCUGCACAGAAAAGUGAACAAGAAUGCAGAAGAGUCUGUUGUGUCGUCACUUUUAAGUCAUAUCCAAGCAACAAUCCAGUCUUCAGGAGUGACCUUAGAACAACGUUUGAAGAUUAAUUCUGUUUCUGGUGAGGAGAAGUUCCUUUUGGGCUCAUACAGAGAAUGUGUGGACAUUUGGAAAAGAUCUCUCUGUGAAAUCAAGGCAAAAGGAGGAGAAAGAACACGUUUUCUUCAGAGUAGAUACUAUCUUGCAAUACUGUUUUGCCACCUGUAUCAAUAUAACUUGCUUGAAGCUCAGGGACUCUGUGAUCAUCUGGUAGCAGAGAUUCUAAGGAGAUCACAGCUCUCAACGAGGCAGAUGGAAAAAUUUUCUGAUACUGAGUAUUUUCAGCAUGAACUGUGGAUGGUAACAGAUGUUCAUACUGAAACUGCUAUGGCUGUGAUUCGAUCCAUGGCACGAUUCAUGGCUGCUUAUUUCACAAACCAGCUACUCUAUGUCUUUCCUCCACACAGUGUUGACAUCCUGCAUCCACUUCACAUCAAACAAGACUUACCUCGGCGUAUUAUACCACUGCAACACUGUUUGGUUACCAGAGCUGUCAGGGACCAGAACCUUUCAUCUGUGUGGACAGCUGACUAUGCACUUGAUUUGUUCCUUAUUGGUGGACUCAUUCCAGAAGCUGUUUGGUUAACACACAGACUUGGGAACUGGAAACUGUCUGUUUCCAUUGGUGUAGCCUACCAGCUGUAUUGUCAGAACUUGGAUGAAUUGUCAAGGUAAAUAAUUUCUUAUACUUUCAGAUUGAAAAACCCAGAGCAUCAUCUGCCAUUAAGCUUAUCACCAAUGCAGACUUUUCAGGAGAAGUGGAAAUCUUUGUUAGGACAGCCAGUUAAUUCUGAAACAUUGGGAUGUAUUAAACACAAGCAGUUCACAGAUCCUAUUGAAGAGGAAGAUGCAAAUGUUCUUUAUAGUUCAGUACAGGAACUAUUAAGAGCAGCAGUUAUGGCAGAUAUUGACAUUCUCUCAGAGACAUUUCAGCUUUUGAUGGAUUCUGCCAAGGAUCUUAGCAGAAAAUUCUAUGGUUUAGUUCCAGAUGGGCUUUAUCUUCCAGCUCCACCAUUAUACUGUCCUCAGCCAGCAUCUCUCAGUGAAGAAGACUGCAAUGACAUUCUUUUUAAACUUGAGAGAGAAAGUCGUCAGAAAGUGUCUGGAGUUCUCCAGCGAAUUAUCUUGCUCUUCCGGGCUGCUUGUUGCUCCUGCCCUGCAGCACAGUGGUAUAUUGCACAACUGAAGUGGGCAAGAAAAGUUAUGCAAAAAAUUCGAAUGAAAGGAUCUCUUCAUUCACUGAGUCCAUUCCCAGAGACUUUGCUUCAUUACUGUAGUUUCUGCACUGUUUUCUAUGGAUCUGCAUCUUCUGGAGGCCAUCAGUUUGAUGAUACUACCUGUAAAAUCUUAGGUUGGUUCAGAGAGCUGUGCGCAUUGUGUUGGAUGCUUCAUGUUCGUGACAAAUUAUCCAACAGCUGUAGACAGUAUCAAACUGCAAGGGAAAAUCAUAAGGAUUUGAAGAACAAUGAACACGAUGCCUCCACAGUUGAGCAGUGUCUGAAAGCAGUGGAGUGGGCUUGUCGAAUGCUGCCUUUCUGCAGGUUCAUGAAUAUUGAAGAAUUAGUUCAAGAUGUAAUUUUGAGUCUGCUUGGGGAAUUGCCACCAGUGAAACAGGUGGCAGAGCUUUUUGUAAAAGCGUUUCCUAAUCCUGAAGAUGUAAGAGUUCAACUAAGAGAUAAAUACCAUGGACUUCAGCAGCGACUCAGACACAGUAGUGUUAAAGGUCCUGAAAGUGAAGAAAUUAUGUCUGUUGUUAUACAGGCUACUGAAAAAGAGAGAAUGAAGGCCUUGAAGCGUGUUAUAAGGAACAUAGGUCCCAUAGAAAUUAAUAUUUGGGAGCCGUCAGAAGAGGGAGCAGCAGAUGCUGAGGAGCACUGUUACGACAAAUUCUCAGUAGGCACUAGUCUAAGCAUAAGCACACUUACUGAUCUUGGGAAUCCUCAGGCAUGUAGUGAUGCUGACACGGCAGAUACACUUUCUGAUGCUUUGUUGACUGAAGAAACAAGAGCUCAAACACCUUUACUCCAAAGGGAUAGUGGACAUCAGAGACAAGGAGAAACGGGGAGCAAAAAUACCACAAGCAAAAUGAAAGCUCUUAACAGGAAAACAAACCCUAAAGACAAAGCAUAUGGAAAAGACAUGCCUCAUCAGUGUAGUUUGCCUAUAGUUGGUGCAUGGGAAUUUGAGCGAGAUGAUGAUGAAUAUGUUAUUUUUUUAGAACUCUUUUUAAGCUAUAUUCUUGAGAGAGACCUAAUAGAGUACAAUGACCUUGGAAUCCCAUUGCUGACGAGCUUUUCUGAAGUUCUUCGUGAUCAUGAAUUAAACUCUCUCUUUUUUGAUGUCCAUACAACACUAAAACGUCGACAAGGCAAAACAAGAAGCAAAAAUGUAUUUAGAGCAGGGUCUUGCUAUGCUGUCACCCCUGUACCUUGUGAUCUUGGAACAGCAUCUGUCUGUAAGGAAAACCAACAGGCUCUGGAAAAUUCAACAGUUGUGCAGUCCAUUGUACAGACAACAGAAAUUUUUCCACAUAACUUAAUGAAAGGACUUAAUGAAGGAUUAUUUGGUUUAAAACACAAAUCAAUUUACAGAGCUCAGAAUGACAAUCAUGGAGCAACUGUUGCACCAGCACGCCAGGCCUUUCCUAACCAUACUUACUCUAGCCUGCAAACUCAGGCAACUUCUCAGUAUAUUUACAGAACUGUUGAUAUGGUUGACAUUGUACCAGGAGAAGAAUUAAGUAUAGAAUUGAUGGGUAAGUUGAGCAAUAUUGCAAAACUGCUCGAGUGGAUGAUCAGGUGGUCUGAUAAAAGGCAGCUCUGUGGUUCCAGUGAACAAGACUCAGAAGAGAUCCUUCCAAUGAUACAUAUGAAAACGUCAGCAGCUGCUGUCCUUACUUCUUUGUGGCUGUUAGAACAGUUAAACAGAGUUGGAUCUCAAGUGAACAGCAUAAAAUGUAAGAGUCCAGAUAGUAAAUAUCUGAAAGAAUUUGUGCCUCUGUCAGAAGCCCAACACAGGACAGAGAAAGAAAGUAGUAUGGCUGAAGGCUCUUCCACACUGGCCAGUCCUCCUCUUGAUGUCCAGAGUGUAAAAUCCUGUGAUGAUCUUCAUGAAGCUGGUUUGGGAAUGUCUGCAAUGUCAAAAUGUGUUGAUCAGAAGAAUCUUAAUUGUGGGAAUUAUUCUGUACCUCAUACGACUGGAGAUCCUAAUGAAGUGGGAGUAUUUGUUCAGAAGGAGCUAGACAAAAUGCCAGAAAUAGAAGAGUUCUUUGAGGAGCCGUAUGAAACUCCAAAGAGUUCUGAUAGCUCUGUCAAGAUCAAGCCUGUAGAAGAUCAAAGAGAAAAGGUCUCCAUUUCAGAUGUAGAUACUCCCCAGGAAGAUCAAAAGGCAGAAAAAACAAAGGAAGGAAAAGCAGAACACAAUAUGAAUGCAAAUUGUGAUUAUAAUAUUUAUGUUUUCUUUCUUUAUAGCAUGCCUGAGGCUGUUUCUAGCACCAUUUCUCAAUCAUUGUCGUUGGAACAAGAUGCUAAAGUUGCCAGUAAUGCAGAGAUUUCUCUAAGUGAUGGUCAGCCAUCUCAGACAAUUGUGUCAACAAAGGCAACUGUUGCCUCCAGUACUUCCAUUUGUGCAAAGAAUCAAGAACUCAAGGAAGAAGUUCCUACAGAAGAGGAACAAAAUACAUCAGAAACUGUCAAGGAAAUGCUGCAAGAUGAAAUGUGGAAGUUAGUUCAGCUACAGCAAAUCAACUUCAUGAGUUUAAUGCAAAUAGUACAGUCAUCUUUUGCCAAUUUGCCAAAUGCGCAACAAAUUUUGGAACAGCAUCAAUCUAUUCAGCUGGACGGCAGGCAGCCUGCACACCCUACUGAAGGCACUGGCUCUCUGAAAACACAACUGCCCACUCAAGAUGUUGAAGGAAAACCUAAUCAAAUCAGUAGUGAUGUUCAACCAAGGAAUAGUUUAAGGGAUGAAAGCAGCAAUGGCCAUAUAAAAAAUCGUAUGGAUGUGAAUGUUUCUUUAAGCCUAUUGGAAAGCCAGAGCAAAGAAACAGGAUUUAUGCCACUGUCUGAAGAUCUGCAUUCUUCAAUACUUGCUAAACCAGUUCAUCUCCUAGCUCUUUCUUCAGAUACCCAGAAAACACCAAAGCUUAUCCCUAUUGAAAAAAAACUGAAUUACUCAUGUGGAUUUCCUUUGCUUAAGCUUAAAUCAGGCUGUCAUGUCAAACCAGCAUUUUUGCAUCCAAUAGAAAUGUCGUCAGCUAGACCACCCCUAGUACCACGGGUAGCUUGGAGUUCAUCAGAUGCUUUAUGGAACCAUCAGUCAUCAUACACACCAAGAAAAAAUAAGUCAAAAGAAGAUUUGAAUAUGAGUAGAGGUGAUCCUGAGAUCCCAAGGCAAAUGGGUGUGGAAGAGAAAAGGUGGGCAGAAACAGUUCAUAAGGGACCUCCCAAGCACCUUAAUCUAGAUCAGUAUGAAGGACAGCAGCAGUUCUCUGUGGAUGUGAAUAUAGGCAAACCACUGAUGACUCAGAACCCUGCUGGUAUUCCACUGUUGCACUUGAAAUUUGACCCAGUACCUAGACUUCUACCAGUUACAAGGCAGCAGCUCUCUACUACUGUUAAAUCUGCAUCAAAGGAGACUGACUCCCGAGAAACACUACAGCAUACAGGAAUGUCACUACUCCAUGCUAGUUUACCUCAAAAAAAGAAGGCACCAAAACUCAUUCCACUUCAAGAUCUCAUUGCAUUUGAGCAAAGCCACCAGAAUCAUGCUGUUCCCAGUACUUCCUCUGGACAAGACCAAACUGACCCUAUCCAGUUACUAAAAACUGACGUUGAACCAUUUGAACUAAAAGAUGUGCAGAGUAAUAGAAAAAGGCAAAAGAGACGUGCUAAGAAACAAAUGGAAGAGAAGGAGGAAAAGAAGAAACCAAGUGUGUCCUUCUGCCCAGAUCACACUGUCAUCAGCAUUAGUGACACAGUGGCGACUGUUGAAUCAGCGACUGCGGAUCAACAAGGAAAAUCCACAUCUUGCCUUCCAGGCAGUUUCUUCCUUUCGGUGGGCAAGUACACCACGGAGGAAGCAAUUACUACUUCAGCAGAUCUACAUUACAUGGCUUCUAGAGGAAAAAAACCAGCAGAAACUCAAGAUGCAAGUACGAAUACUCACUCGAUGCUCAAAGUAUACCGAGAUGUUGGAACCACUGCUGGAAAUGAGGUUUCUGACAUUCAAGGAAAUGAGUCAGUUGUGCCUGUUCCUGUGUCAGAAUCAUCUAGUGCCUCUGAGACACUACACUCAGACACUCACUUAAACAUGAGAAUCCCCACUGAAGUGAAGGACAGCCCUUUACCAUCCGUUUUGUCAGAUGUGCCUGAUUUGAGUCAACAUGAAUAUCUCAGUGUCACUGACAUUGAAGGCAGUGACAUCCUUAAUUUGCCCAUGAUGACUGAGUCUGCAGAAGAGACAGGUACUGCACAGCAAAAUGAGGAGUUUGAAAUUCCACACACUGCAAAACUUCAUCAAAUAGCUGUUUCUGUUACUGAUGCAGUUCCACCCAGGGCGUUUCUGAAGAAAGAGGAUCAUCUGAAAAAUUUACCCGGCCAAGUGCAGAAGGAAGAUAAGCCAGAUUCUGCUAGAGAUGGUGUAACUUGGAACAUUGUACAUGAAGAUGACAGAGCUGUUCCUUCUUUGGGGCUUCCAUCUGUAUUAACUGGCAAAGAAUGCUUUUCCACUAAGCAGCAGGAAAUGGAUAUGCAAUUACUGAAACUACAGAACUUAUCAGAAAAUAUGGAAGAGGAUUUUAGAAAUACCAGACUGCUAGUGAAGAAAAUAGAAGAUUUUGAAAUGGCUGCCUGUUCAGACCUUGGUGCUUGUUCCUCAUUCCCCGAGGAUGCUGGAAGCAUGGGUGAUGAAUCAGAACAUUAUUUGAGGGGCAUGAUUUUUGAAGAUGAUGAAAGGAAGCUCUUGAACUUGGAAUAUCCUUUACCCGGUCACACUGCAUCAGAAGUACACUCUCCUGCCUCUGCAGCCUCUGCUUCUAACAUUACCAGUGGCAUUAAGUCUUCUUCUGGCUUUCAUGUGUCUGGAGAUCUGUGUAAUAGGAUUCACAAUUCUGCUGCUGGACGCUCUCGAAGGACAGAAAAAGAGAAGAAAGAGAUACAGGCAUGGAUGAAAAGAAAACAAAAGGAAAGAAUGAGAGAAUAUGUGAAGAAAGUGGAGGAACAAAGAAAGAAAGAGCAUAAUCCAUUCAGUUUCAGAAAGAAUACGCGCUGUAGUCUUACUUCGAAGGAUAUUAAAUUAUUGCAGAAGAAGAAAGAAGAAAAAGACAAAGUCCUGUUAUCUGAAAAUCACAGUAUAAGAAUAUCACAAGCACUUUCCCUGAUGAAUGAAAUGUUACUUAAAAAACCAGUGGCAUUACCUGCAAAUGAACAUAAGCCAUUGUCCAGGACAAGGUCACCUCGAGAGUACAGAAAAAGGAAUGUAACACCUACUAAAGGAGAGCAUCUGAACAGUCCUGUCCAGUCAGAAAGGAGCAAAACUGCUGCCAAACCCUGCCUUGGUCAAAAAGUACACCCUUUCCUCCCAGCUCGUGGUCUAACACAGUCCAGGGCUGCAGAGUGCAGAGUCAGCAGAAUGUCAAAGCAGAAGCCUUCACGUGUUGCCACUGCAGUUCAGACACAAGAUGUUGAUCAGGAGACUGAUCGAGACUUAGUAAGUCCUUGGACUCUGCCUGAUGAUAUUCACAGAAUACUUCAAGAUACUCAUGACUCCUUGUUCCAGGCCUCUGUGCUGCACCCAGUGAGUUUCUCCCCUCCUGGCAUUAUUGACACUGAUGGUAUUUCUGAAGGCACAGGAAGUAUCCUCAGCAAGCUGGACUGGAAUGCAGUUGAGGCUAUGGUAGCAGAUGUAGAAGACAUAUGAAUAAAAUCUCCCAGCUGCUGUGCACUUCCAAACAGUUGCUGGCAUUUGGGUUUUCAUUUGUUUGGUAUUGUGUUUUGGA